AUGUCUCGACCUAAGAAAACAUCGAAUCAUUUUAUCUUAUCAUCUGAUUUGGAAACGUCAAAUGAUGGAAAUGAAAAAAAAAUAAUGCGACAAAGUUCGACAAAUCGAAAAGAAACACGUUCUACAAAACAAAUUCGUAAACGUGCACGUUCGUUUAUUGAUGAUGAAGCACAAGAAGAUGAUCAAUUACAUACACAAUCAGGAAGUUCAUCAGAAUCAAUUCGAUCUUAUAUUGAAGAUAAUGUUAUAUGUAAUUCGGUUAACGUACAUGAUAAAAAUUCUGAAAAUAUUACUAAAAUGCAAAUUCGUAAUGAAAAUGAUACUAGUAUCCGAGAUACACAUCAAAAAAAUGAAGAAACAUCAAUUAUUAUAAUCGAAAAUUAUACUUUAGUUCAACAAAACAAACAAACUGGUAAAUUAGUUAUUGAAUUUAAUAUCUUAUAA